ACUCCAUACCAGCUGGGUAAAUGCUGAAGACAGAAAACAUUAAAAAUAUAUAUAUAAUGUUUCAUAAUAGUAUGAUUUCUUUGAAAUGCACAGAUGAAGGUAGGAGAGAUUAAGGCAUGGUUGGGCGGGGAACUUUUCAGCAGCUUGUCCAGAGGAUGCAGAAAGAGGAGAAAGGAGAGACUGCGACUCCAUGUGGCUCAAGUGCACGCUGCACUCUCCGUUACAAGGUUGGCUGCGGCCAUCUCAGGCAUCAUGGCCAGUUCUAGGGUGGAACCAAGAGAUUCCAAGGGAAUGAGCAUGAUGAAUGUGGGAGGGGAGUCGGACGAGAAGAUAAGCGCCGUGCUUGCUUCCGCUGCAGCUUUGGUCGCAACUGUGUGCGCUGAAGCAGCUGAGUCUGCAGGGGCGCACAGAGAGUGCGUUGCUUCUGCCAUUACUACAGGCUUAGCAACGAAGACUUCUGCCGAUAUGGCGACGCUCACUGCAACUGCUGCGACAUGUUUAAGAGGAGCCGCCACACUUGAGCGGAGAGCAGCCGCUGGUAGGCAUGUAUCACAGGACCAGAAUAUCCUUGCAAGAGGUGCUCAACUUCCAGUCCGCAUGCCCGAAGGGAGGGUUCAUCUAAGAUUGGUGUUCAUUUUCCUCAAGCAUUAUAGACUUACAGUGAGAUUAACAAAGAAAUACAUGCGCGGAGUGAUCAGCACAUGCAAAGAGUAUAAGAUAUUUCAUGCAAUGGAAGAUUUAAAAGGAGGCUUCUCUAAGGAUGCCCAUGGAUUCUACCUGAUAACCCUUGGCACCACCGGGGGAGCCAUCCAGGUCAUGUUUGAGGAUCAAAUGCAAUAUAGGAUUUGGAGGUCCACCAUCUGCCACCUCUUGUGUGAUUGUUAGA